AUGUUGCGCCUUACCCGUUGUACUUUAACCGGCCGUGCGAUGAUCUCCCGCGGGAGUCCGGAGUGGUCCCAUCGUUUAGAUCUCAAGAAGGGGAAAAAGACAACAAUGCUGCAUAAACUGGGCACCAGCAAACCCAACAACGCCCUGCAGUACGCACAGAUGACACUGCACGACUUAACAGAGUGGUGUCUCGCCUACUCGCCGUGGCCGCUCACAUUUGGUCUGGCGUGCUGUGCGGUGGAGAUGAUGCACGCGUACGCCGCGCGGUAUGAUUUGGACCGUUUUGGAAUUGUACCGCGCCCUACACCGCGACAAGCGGAGAUUAUUAUUGUCUCCGGCACAGUUACAAAUAAGAUGGCACCACUUCUGCGUAAUAUUUAUGUACAGAUGGUAAAUCCAAAGUGGGUUAUCUCUAUGGGUAGUUGCGCCAAUGGGGGUGGUUAUUAUCACUUUUCAUAUGCUGUUUUGCGUGGGUGUGAGCGGGCCAUUCCGGUGGAUUUUUGGAUUCCCGGUUGUCCACCAUCGGCGGAGAGUCUUGUCUUUUGUCUACACACACUGCAGAAGAAGAUACGCUGGCAUGAGAUUCAAAAGUACUCCGUACGUGGUUGA